CGCGCCGAACAAUACGGCGGCGGGCGCGGAGCCGAGCGGAGCGGAGCGGCCCCGCUCCCCGGCAUGGGCCGCGCCCCUGCCCGCGCCCUGCCCGCCGCGCCGCCCGCCGCCCCGGCGGCCAUGUGAGCCAUGGCGGCGGCGGCGGGUGGCGCGGCGGGGCUGGCGGCGCUGCUGGGCAGCGCCUCCCCGCACCUCCUCAUCGUCUCCGCCGCUGAGGAGCCCGCGGGCGGCGACGGCCACCCCGACACCGACCUCCUGCUCUUCGCCACGCCGCAGCCCGCCUGUCCCGGCGCCGCGCCCAGACGGCCCGCGCUGGGCCGCCCGCCGGUGAAGAGGAAGCUGAACUUGGAGACGGAUCACCAGUACAUAGCGGAGAGCCUGCCGGUGGGCCGGGGCAGGGCCAGGAACCCUGCUAAAGGUGCCAAGUCUCCUGGGGAGAAGUCCCGCUACGAAACCUCGCUGAACCUCACCACCAAGCGCUUCCUGGAGCUGCUGAGCCAGUCUCCUGACGGCGUCGUGGACCUCAACUGGGCGGCAGAAGUUCUGAAGGUGCAGAAGAGGCGCAUCUACGACAUCACCAAUGUCCUGGAGGGCAUCCAGCUUAUUACCAAGAAGUCCAAGAACAACAUCCAGUGGCUGGGCAGCCAGGCCACCGUGGGAGCCCCCAGCCGGCACCGGCUGCUGGACAAGGAGCUGCGGGAGCUGCAGGCGGCUGAGCGGCAGCUGGACGACCUCAUCCAGAUGUGCAUGGUGCAGCUGCGCCUGCUCACCGAGGACCCCGCCAACCAGCAUGCAGCCUACGUGACCUGCCAGGAUCUCCGCAGCAUUGUGGACCCUUCAGAGCAAAUGGUGAUGGUUAUCAAAGCUCCUCCAGAGACCCAGCUGCAGGUCUCAGACCCAGCGGAGGCUUUCCAGGUCUCUGUGCGAAGCACUCAGGGCCCCAUCGAUGUUUUCCUCUGCCCCGAGGACAGCUCGGGGGUCUGUAGCCCAGUCAAGAGCCCCUUUAAAGCCCCCUUAGAGGAGUCGUCUCCCAGCCGUCCACAGCCCAGAGCCUCCCCGCUCCUGCAUCCCGCCCAGGACGUGAACAUCCCGCUGCUGCCCGGAGAGCAAGAGACGCUGCUGGCGGGGACGAGCGGGCUGCCCGGCAAGUGCCCGGUGGAGGAGGCGAGCCUGUCGCCACUGGCCUCCAUGGACGCCCUCCUGGACCAGAGCAGGGAGGAUUUUUCGGGUUUCUUGGCGGAUGAGUUCAUCAACCUGUCGCCGCCGCAGACACAGGACUACCACUUCGGCCUGGAGGAGGGCGAGGGCAUCAGCGAGCUCUUUGACUGUGACUUUGGGGACUUCACGCCCUUGGACUUCUGAGGCUCUGCCCAGUGCUCGCCGGGGGCUGCCAGGCGCGGGGGCACCCCUGGGCAGGCAGCCCCCCCGGCUGCAGCACCGCAGAUCCUCUCCCGUCCCUUUUUGCAAUAUUUUCUUCUUACCCCUCCAGCCCCCGAGCCCAGCGGGGCAUGGCAGCAUCCCUGACUCCAGCCCUAGCAGGGGGGUGCCAGACUGGGGGUCCCAUUUCAGGGGACCCCCCUGCAUAGGGCCCUGAUCUUGGGGGGGCUGCUUAGGGCAGAGCCACUGUCCCCCUGCCAGGUGCCCGUUACAGAGCUUUAAGCAGUCCUGUGUAUAGGUUUGAUUAAUUUAUUAUUGUCCCCUGGGGACAGCGUUUAAUUUCUCGGGGGGAUUAGGGGGGGGCUGUGCAGCAGAGUGGGGGUGCCAAGAGGUUUUGUCAUGCUGGGAAAGGGGUGACGGAGAUGUGGGGGGUGCUGGGUGGGGGCUAUCCAACCCCCCGCGUGUGGGGGCUGCCUGCAGCCCAGCUGAGCGUGGGUAUUUAUUUAUUAUUUAUGGUGUGUGGGAGCUCUCCCGGGACACGGAGGGGCAGGAGGGAGCGGGGGGAUGAUGCUGGUGGGGGGCAAACACAGAAGGUCCCGCUGGGGGCUCACCAGCACAUCCCAGCUUUGCUCACAGCCGAACUGGGGCUGCUGGCGAAGCCACUGUGGUGGCAAGUGGCUGCGGGAGGGGGAAAGGGCUGGUGGCCCCAGGCCCGUGUGUGUGUCCCCUCGGGGUGGGGGGCACGCAGGGGUGUUCCAGGGGGCACAUCUCUGCAGGUGAGGACCCAACGCUGUCCCCAGGCUUUUCUUCCCCUCCCUGCGCAGCCGCUCAGCCUUUCGGCCCCAUCUCCCCUUGUCUGGCCCACGGGGGCUGGGAGAGGCACAGGGGAAGAGAAGGGGGUCCCAGGGCCCCCCAGGGCCAGGCUGGAGACACACUUUCACUUUUACUGCCUUUUAACAAGCUUGUGUUCCUCUGAGCUUCAUGUUUAAUAAAGAUUUCUACUGAUUCCA